UUGUUAUCUAUUUACUUGACAAGUGGAGUGACGGGGAGAGAUCUUUCAUCUGCUGAUUCACUCUCAAAUGCCUACAACAGCCUGUGCUGGGCCAAGCUGAAGGCAGGAAUGCAGGAACUCCUCUGAGUCUGCCAGGUGGGUAGCAGAGGCACAGAUAUGAACAAGGAAGAGGAAAAUAACUCUAUGCCCCUCAAGAUUUUUUUCAAUAUCAUAGAUCUCUUUAUUAAUUUCCAAGUGCUUUGAUGCUUAGAGACUAUUUAAAGAGUACUUCGGAAGUUGAAUAGAAUGGAUCCCAGCAGUGACUACCAUUUCCUCAAUCAAAUUUUGUGGAGAAGGGUGAAACUCACCUUGGUGUGUGGCGUCUUCGAGGGUGUGCUCCAGCAUGUGGACCCUAACAAGAUUCUUGUCCUAAAGAAAGUGAAGAAUGUCGAGACUGGUCGAUGUGUCCCAGGAGUGAAGAUGUUCUUUGGGCAUGAGAUUGUGAAUGUGGAACUACUGGAUGAAGUAGAACAAGGAGCAGUGAGAGAAAAGACAUCUUCUGUCAGGGAUAGUCUAAAUAUGGAAAGAACAAGUGUGGAUAAAAUGCAAGAUGAAGACCUCAAUGCGUCUUCAAAACCUCAGUGUGAGCCUGCUUCUCCUGAUCCUGGACCCCCACCCAUGACCUUGUUGAACGACCUGAAGUACAACCCAUCAGAGGAAGAGGAGGUGACAUACACAGUUAUUGAUCAGUUCCAGCAAAAAUUUGGUGCUGCAAUGCUGCAUAUCAAGAAGCAGACUGUCCUGAGUGUGGCAAUGGCAGGGGCGAAUGUGUGUCGUCACGGGAAGCUGUGCUGGCUACAGGUGGCCUCAAAUAGCCGAGUUUACUUAUUUGACAUUUUCCUUUUGGGACGUCGAGCUUUCAACAAUGGGCUUCAGAUGAUAUUAGAAGACAAGAGAAUUUUAAAGGUUAUCCAUGAUUGUCGUUGGCUCUCUGAUUGCCUCUCUCAUCAGUAUGGAAUUAUGCUGAAUAAUGUCUUUGAUACGCAGGUAGCAGAUGUCCUUCAGUUCUCCAUGGAAACAGGUGGCUUUCUUCCAAACUGCAUCAGUACUCUUCAGGAGAGUUUAGUCAGACACCUUAAGGUAGUCCCUAAGCAUCUCUCUUUUCUAGAAGAGAAACAAAAAUUGAUUCAGGAAAAUCCAGAUGUGUGGUUCACCCGCCCUCUCUCACCCUCUUUACUGAAAAUCUUGGCCCUGGAAGCCACCUACCUGCUACCCCUUCGCCUGGUGCUGCUGGACGAGAUGAUGUCUGACCUCACCACCCUGGUGGACAGUUACCUCAACACCUACCGUGAAGGCUCAGCUGAUCGUCUUGGGAGCACAGCGCCCACGUGUAUGGAGUUGCCUGAGGAGCUGCUGCAGCUCAAGGACUUUCAGAAGCAGCGCCAAGAAAAAGCUACCAAGGAAUACAGUGUGAACACCCGGGGCCUCCUGGUACGGAGCCCUCUCCAGGCCAAGAAGCCUGCUGCAGAGACAACCGGCAGGGAGGAAAAGGUCCAAGGCCUUGUUUUCUGUAAAAACUCGAGAACCAAUAAAGCUCCAAGUUUCACAUCUCGUCAAUCUCAUCAAGACACAAAUUUGUUGAAAGUUCAGAGUAUGAGUAAACAAACAACGAAACCUCAGCAUGUGCCUCCUCAAAGGGAAGGAGGCUGGGAAGCUCCUCACACCCAGCUCCAUUGCCCUGAGCCCAUGGGCUCUGAGAAGCAGAGAGCAAUUCAGCAAGACCCACGUGGGAGGUCCCUGCCCAAGGUCCAGGCCACUUCCCUGAAAGAGGAGAUUGAACAGUUGUUGCAGAUGAUGGAGAUCCAGGAUGGCCAUGCGUGCACAAAGCAAGCUGUGGCAGGAUCGCCUGUCCUGCCUCAAGUGGGAUGCCCAGGGUCGCCAGAGCACAGCAGCCAUCCCACCACAAGGGCUGGGCUGCCCGCCUUCCCUCCCUGCCCGGCCUUGGAAAGGGUCGACUCCUGGACCAACCUAUCCCCACAUCUAUCCUGAAGAUUCAGUUUGUUCUCCAAACUACCAGGGUGGCUCACAUCCCGGCUUCCAAGGCCUCCCCCGUGCUUACACUGGAGUGUGCUUAAGUCAGAUUGUAUCCUCUGGCUAACCCCCCACCUUCCUGAUAUUAGGAUUAAGAUGGCAAUUAAUAAGUUAAAUAACGGAAGACUUCUGAUUAUGUCAUUGGGUGGAAAUGUUCCUAGUGGCCAGAGUGAAUUAUUUCUAAGAAUUUGGAUUUACAAUAAAGAUGACUUACAGAGGAAGGAG